AUGACGAUUGGUAAUAACACAGAUGCUGUUCCAUUGCCAUUUCAUUUGUCGAUUUGUGUGAAUAACUUCGAGACAACACGACGAUUCUAUGGUGAUAUCUUAGGUUUGGAAGAGCGUCGGACAACUUCGGGAUCGAUUCAUUACAAUAUGUUUGGUAGUCAAUUGACGUUACAUGUCAUUCCCGACUACAAUGCGUUGAAUUUACAACGAGAAGUUGAUAGUGAAGAUGUACCUGUUCCACAUUUUGGCGUUGUGCUUCCUGAUAAAGAAACAUUUGAUCAAAUCGCUACAAAAUUGAAAGACGCUAAGGUAACUUUUGUUCGCGAACCAGGUUUACGAUUUCUCGGCAAACAACACGAACAACAUGUUCUAUUCGUAUUGGAUCCAUCCGGUAAUGGAAUUGAAAUCAAAUCGUUUAUUCACGCUAGACCUUAUCAAUGGUUAUAA